AUGGAAACUGGAGCUCUGUCUCCCCCAGUGGAUGCGAGCUUACGACUACCAACCUCGGUACUAGAGCUAUUUGUACUCGUCUGGGUCGUCGGUCUGUUCCUCAAGAUCUUCCAAGCAACACAAUAUCUGACUUCUCUCACAAGAUUGGAUCUUAGUGACAAUGAGAUCUCGGCAAUUCCUGGAGAUUUACUUCAAAGUCAGCCCAGGCUUGGAGUCUUCUACAUAACCAAUAACAAACUUGAUUCGAUUCCCAAGACUCUAUUCAAUAAAACCCCAUCUCUUAACCAACUAUUCAUGCAACGUAACAGAAUCACCACAAUAGAACCUGGAACAGUGUUUCCUACAAACAAGACGAUGAGUAUACACGCAUCCGGAAACCCUUUCUCCUGUACAUGCGACUUGAGUUGGUUUGUGGGGUGGCUACGUUCAGGCAAUGUCGAAAUCAUCCAUCCUGAUGACACACUUUGCUCACUCUCUUCCAUCGAAGACAUGGUGCAAUCGCCAAUCCUUUCAUUCCAUCCUGAUCAAUACUGUGGCAUUAAUAUCCUCAUCAUCACAGGUGUGUCCUUCUCCGUUGUUCUGGUAGCCAUCCUGAGCUUGGUGGCAUAUCGUAAACGUUGGUGGCUCAACUACAAGCUCUUCCUCCUAAAACUAGCCAUAUUUGGCUACGAGGAAAUCAACCAAGACUUUGAUGCCGAGGACUACGAGUACCAGCUCAACCUGAUGUACGAUGAGGAUGACCAGGAAUGGGUGGACCAGAUCAUGAAGCCAGUCCUGCAGGAGAGGUUUCCACAUCUCCAGAAAGUGGCUUUUGGCGAUGACAACCUCAACAUCGAGAUGUUCUACAUCCCAGCUCUCCACUACGUCGUUGAGAACAGCUUCAAGACUGUCCUCUUAAUAAGCAACAACUCUGUGGAUGAGGCCUGGUUUAUGACCAAGCUACGCAUAGCCCUAGAGCACCUCAAUGACACCAGACUGGACAAGGUCAUACUGGUUUUCCUUGAGGACAUCCAGGAUGAUGAUCUCCCGUACCUGGUCCGGUUGUUCAUGAGUAAGAACAAACCCUACAUGCUAUGGACAGAGGAUGAAGAUGGCCAGGAACUCUUCUGGGCCCAGUUUGAAAAGAGCAUGAGAGCCAACAGGGUGAUCAAUAGUGUCAUUCCUGUUUAACUCGACCGUUACCAUUCACAACAAGGCAAACUAAUUGUCAUCCAACAAACAUUAAGAACCUCCAAAACAA